AUGGUCACAACUUUUGAUGUAGUGGUCGUUGGUGCUGUUCACUCUGGGCCAUUCAAAUGGAUAUCACAUGGAAAAUCACGAAUUAUUCGUUAUGCUCAUGCUGCUCCAGAAUACGUUCCUCUCGUCGCAGACGCCUACACUCAAAUUGAAGCAUUGGAGAAAAAACGGGGAGAAAAAUUGUGGAACAAACUCGGAUUACUGUGGGCGGCUACUGGAAAUCAAGUAAACGAGAUUUCUGUACAUUUGAAAAAUUUGAACAUUGAGCAUGAAGUGAUUCCGGGAAAUGAGAUUUCCAAUCACUACCCUCAAUUGAAAUUUGAUGAAAAAUGGACUGGACUGGUUGAUCCGAUGGGCGGUGUCAUUUAUGCAAAUAAAUGCAAACUCGGAUUACUGUGGGCGGCUACUGGAAAUCAAGUAAACGAGAUUUCUGUACAUUUGAAAAAUUUGAACAUUGAGCAUGAAGUGAUUCCGGGAAAUGAGAUUUCCAAUCACUACCCUCAAUUGAAAUUUGAUGAAAAAUGGACUGGACUGGUUGAUCCGAUGGGCGUUUGGCUGGUCGAUUUGUCGCAAUUCCAUGACCUCUCACAACUGACGAACUGCCUUCAGAGUAACCGAACUCUCGAUGGAAUGACAUUUGUUUAA